AUGUCCCCGCGUGCCACUGGAUGCAUUGAGCCUCGCAUUUCAAGAUGUCUUUUUUUGAAUUAAGAAAUUUCACCGACAUGAUGCGGACGCUUGGGUACCCACGCUUCAUAUCCAUUGAAAGCUUUCGGCAGCCAAACUUUCCGCUCGUAGCAGACAUUCUGGUAUGGCUGCUUUCUAAGUUUGACGUGCAAAUUCCCUCUGCAUACGAAACUGAACAGCAGAGGAUCUUUUUAAUUCGCACUUCAGCCGAAACUCUGGCCACAAAAAUUCAGAUCAAAGUAAACACAAAAAGACUUUACCAGGCGGAUAAUUAUGCAGUAAAAGAGUUGCUAAAAGUUGUGACGGUUUUAUACAAUGCAUUAGAUAGCGAUAAAUCAGAUGAAAACGAUGAAGACGAGGAAGGAGCCAGCUACGUCCCUAUUGAUAUUUCAUCAAAAAUUGAAGACAUUAAAUUGGCUCGCCAAUUGGCAUCUGACAUCACAACAAAGGGAGCUAAUUUUUAUGAUCUGCUUGGCAAAGAAGUGGAAUUGAGAGAAAAUAGAACAAUUGCACUCUCAAAACACAUCGAGCUGAGUAAAGCUGAACAGGCAGUAAAAGAGCAGACGCAGGCCGCAAAAACAGAAUUGGAGGAAGUUCAAAAGCAAAUUCAGGGUAUUUCUGGCGCCGAAGCGGCACUGGAUGCUAAAAUUGAAAAGAAGAGACUUGAAUUGGAGCGCACGCAGAAGAGGCUGCAAGGAAUGCAGAAAGUAAGACCUGCGUUUAUGGAGGAGUAUGAGAAGUUGGAAAGUGAACUUGCUGUUCUGUGGGAGGAAUACGUCAUAAAACACAGAAUUUUAACAUACUUAGAGCAAGCAAAAACGCAGGUCGAACAAGCUGAAGAACGUCGGCACCAAGAGCAAAUUGCUGCGGUAAGAAAAUUGCUCGAGGCUUCAAAAACGCAAGAGGAAAUGAAGUUUUUGGAUAACAGCUCGCUGGACAAUCUAACCAUGAUGGACGAUGAAAAUAAACCAAUGAAAACGCCUUCAAGAAUGGAUGUUCCAGGAACCGGUCGCAAGGUGUUUGGCAGCAUGACUGGCGCAGGUCUUGAGGACGACGAAGAUGACAGUGCUAGUUUACUAGGAUCCGAUUCUGACCUCUUGUUAGGCGGGGGUCAAGACUCUGACCUGGGCACUGAUGACGAUGAUGACAUCCCCCUUGGAGAUAAGAUGGCAGCAAAUGUGGCAGCUGUGUCCGGAGGGCCCUCUGCCCCAAAACCACAAGAAUUGAGCGAUGAUGAUUUUUAA